AUGAAAGUGCAUAUAAGGAGUUAUAAAUGGCACGAAUUCUUUCCUCAGGCAAGGAAUAACAUUGGUGUUGUAAUUGCAAUUUGGGCUCCGAUUAUUCUUGUGUACUUUAUGGAUGGACAAAUCUGGUAUGCUAUAUUCUCCACAUUAUUUGGGGGUAUCUAUGGUGCUUUCCGUCGUCUUGGUGAAAUUCGAACAUUGGGAAUGCUGAGAUCUAGAUUUGAAUCAUUGCCUGGAGCGUUUAAUGGCUGUCUAAUUCCAGAAGAAAAAGGUGAUCCACCAAAAAAGAAAGGGCUGAAGGCUGCCUUAUCUCGGAAUUAUACUAAGGUCCCUUCAAAUAAAGAAAAAGAAGCUGCUAGGUUUGCUCAGUUGUGGAAUACAAUAAUAAGUAGCUUUAGAGAGGAGGAUCUCAUAAGUGAUAGGGAAAUGGACUUGCUGCUUGUUCCAUAUUGGGCAGACCGUGAUUUGGAACUUAUACAGUGGCCUCCGUGUUUGCUUGCUAGCAAGAUCCCAAUAGCAUUGGACAUGGCUAAGGAUAGCAAUGGUAAGGUCAAAGAGCUCAAAAAGAGGAUUAAUAAUGACAGCUAUAUGUCUUGUGCCAUCCGUGAAUGCUAUGCAUCAUUCCGCAACAUAAUUAAGUUUUUGGUUCGGGGUAAAGUUGAAAACGAGGUUAUUGAUUUUAUAUUUUCUGAGGUGGACAAGCAUAUAGGUGAUGACAGCCUGUUAACUGAAUUCAAUAUGAGUGGUCUUCCUAGCCUUUAUGAGCAUUUUGUCAAGCUUAUCAAAUACCUGUUAAAAAAUAAGCAGGAGGACAGGGAUCAAGUUGUGAUUCUCUUUCAGGAUAUGCUUGAGGUUGUGACAAGAGACAUAAUGAUGGAAGAUCAUAUAUCAAGUCUUGUGGAUUCUAUCCAUGGUGGAUUAGUACAAGAGGGGAUGAUCCAACUAUUUGCAUCGGCUGGAGCCAUUAAGUUUCCCAUUCAAGAAACAGAGGCUUGGAAAGAAAAGAUCAAACGUCUUGAUCUGUUGCUAACAGUUAAGGAGUCUGCGAUGGAUGUACCAUCUAACCUUGAAGCUAGAAGGCGCAUUUCAUUUUUCUCAAAUUCAUUGUUCAUGGACAUGCCGAUGGCACCAAAAGUCCGCAACAUGCUUUCCUUCUCUGUUUUGACUCCAUACUAUACGGAGGAGGUGCUUUUUUCUCUGCAAGAAUUGGAAGUACCAAAUGAAGAUGGAGUUUCUGUUCUUUUUUACCUUCAGAAAAUUUUUCCAGAUGAAUGGAACAACUUCCUUGAGAGAGUAAAUUGUGGUAGCGAAGAAGAACUGAGAGGAUCACCCGAACUCGAAGAAAAACUACGUCUUUGGGCAUCAUAUAGAGGGCAAACAUUGACUAGAACAGUAAGAGGGAUGAUGUAUUACCGUAAAGCCUUGGAGCUUCAAGCAUUCCUAGAUAUGGCCAAAGAUGAAGAUUUAAUGGAGGGUUAUAAAGCUGUUGAAUUGAAUAUGGAGGACCAGACUAGUGGGGAAAGAUCACUUUUGGCACAAUGUCAAGCAGUGGCUGAUAUGAAGUUCACAUAUGUGGUGUCAUGCCAGCAAUAUGGAAUAGAUAAGCGAUCAGGACAUGCUCGGGCACAAGACAUUCUGAGGCUUAUGACUACGUACCCAUCCCUUCGUGUAGCUUACAUUGAUGAAGUGGAAGAGCGAAGCCAAGAUAGACCCAAAAAAAUUAACCAGAAGGUUUACUAUUCUGCACUGGUGAAGGCUGCUUUGCCAGAGUCCAUUAAUUCUUCAGAGCCUGUGCAGAAUUUGGAUGAGGUGAAUGCUUAA